AUGGGAAAGAAGAGAACCAAGGCCCAGAACGGGGCGAAGCCUGUGUUUGACGAGACGGCCCUUUCCAAAUUGACCGCCAAAAUCGACACAGACCUGGCCAACCCCAAACCCAAAUCGAAGCUCAAGGAUCAAAAGCAGAAGGAGGAGCGUCCUGCAAAGAGAAAACGCAGCGAAAACGACGUCAAAGAUGCGACCCCAAACAAGAGGCAAGCCAAGGAGCCCAAGAACAGGCCUGCCAAGCCUUCAAAGAAGACCGCAAAGGAGAGCAGUGGCCCCAAGGACAAGAAGGCCGAGCUUCUCCAGGAAAUAUUGGCCCUGGGUGGAGACGAGAAUGACUUGGACAUCAUCGCCGGCGUCGAUUCUGAUGUAGAGGAAGGCCAAGGGGCAAAGCCAAAAGAGGCUCCCGCUGAGAUGGACAAGACGCUGAAGAACGAGUUGGCAAAGUUUGCUGCCGGUCUUGGCUUCGAAAAAGUCCGGGACGAAGACGCCGCCACCGACGACGAUGAGGGAGAAGUUGAAGAAGAGUCCGAGGCAGCUGAGGAGGAAGAAGUGGAAGGAGAAGAGUGGGAAGACGAGCCAGAGCCAGAGCAAGAUGUCAAAGAACCGGCUGCUGAGAAGCAAAGUCGCUCAGCAGCUGGUAAGUUGAUAUUCGAGCCAAGACCUGAUUGGCAUGCUCUCAGUCAGGAAAAUCUGCCACCCCCUUCCGCGGAUGAUAUCCGGAAUUUCUCCUCGACGAUAAACAGCUUGCACGAAUACGCGAAGACCUUGAUUGAGACUGAUGCGGCUGCAUAUAACACAACCGUGGCGGCAUCAUCAACGCGAAAGUUCAUGUCUACUAUCAUGGCUUCGGGUACCAUGUCGGACAAGGUGUCUGCCUUGACCCUGGCGGUGCAGGAGUCUCCAGUACACAACGCCAAGGCGUUGGAGAACCUACUGAACCUGGCAGGAAAGAAGAGCCGUGAUCAGGCCAUUGCCGCCCUCGGCGCCUUGGUUGAUCUCCUCGGAAACGGUGUGGUCUUGCCUGGCGACCGGCGCCUACGUCUGUUCCGUACGCAGCCAGGGCUGCUAGGAACUCUGCAGAAACACUCUGUGACCGCUUGGAAACCCGAGAAGCCGCUACCUGGGAAGAUCACCAAGACGCAUCUGAUGAUGUGGGCGUACGAGGACUGGUUGAAAGAUACCUAUUUCAAGAUCAUCCAGCUCCUGGAACUCUGGUCUGGAGAUGAGAUCGAGUACACCAGGCAGAGGUCUCUUGACUUCGUAUACGGCCUUUUGAAGGAGAAGCCCGAGCAAGAAGCCAAUCUGUUGCGCUUACUCGUGAACAAGCUUGGAGACCGAGAGCGCAAGAUCGCGUCUAGGGCCUCUUAUCUCAUAUUGCAGCUUCUUCUGAUCCAUCCAGGAAUGAAGCCUAUCGUCAUCAGUACCAUUGAGCAGGAAGCUCUCCUCCGGCCAGGACAGACCAUUCGGACAAAGUACUACGCCAUCAUUACUCUCAACCAGACAAUCCUGAGUAGCAAGGAGCCGCAGAUUGCGGAUACGUUGGUUAGGAUGUACUUCGACCUUUUUGUGGCUCUGCUCAAGAUGGGAGCCCUGGGUUCAUCCGGGUCCCCUGACACGAAGAAGGAUCAGAAGGCGACGGGGGCCAACAAACAACCUGUCUCCAAGAAAGGCCAGGCCAAGACGGCUCCUGUUAAGGUCGCUGAUGUGCCAGAUACGGAGACUGCAGAAAAGCUUGUCUCUGCUAUAUUGACGGGUGUCAAUCGUGCCGUGCCUUUCUGCACUGCGGAUGACGAGACAUUAGAGAAGCAUCUCGAUACCCUCUUCCGCAUCACGCACUCUGCCAACUUCAACACCAGCAUUCAGGCACUCAAACUGGUGCAGCAGCUCUCAGUAACCAAGCACAUCGCCACCGAUCGGUUCUACAGGACCCUAUAUGAGUCACUGUUAGACCCGCGACUUGUUCACUCGUCGAAGCAGGCGGAUUAUCUCAAUCUUCUUUACCGGUCACUAAACAGCGACAUUGACGUUCGCCGUGUCAAGGCCUUCGUCAAGCGAAUGCUGCAGAUCUGCUAUCUUCACCAACCUUCGUUUGUCUGCGGAAUAUUGUUCCUCGUGGCACAACUGGAGGACAAGUUCCCAGAUCUGAAGACUCUCCUGAAUGAGCCAGAAGAAGAUGCCGACGAAGAGGAAGUGUAUCGGGAUGCUCCUGAAGAUGGGGACACCAGAGACCUCCCUCCUGCCCAAGACACCACGCAGAAGAAAUCCGCUUACGAUGGACGCAAACGAGACCCACAGUACAGCAACGCCGAGAAGAGCUGCUUGUGGGAAGUGGUGCCUUACUUCACACAUUUCCAUCCAUCUGUGUCGGUUUUCGCGGCGAAUCUCCUUGUCCGGCAAAAGACUCUGCCCAAGCCAGAACUGGCCAACCACACGCUCAUGCACUUCCUGGACAAGUUCGUCUACAAGAACCCCAAGGCUGCCGACAGCAAGCGUGGUGGCUCAAUCAUGCAGCCGGUGCUCGCAGCCGGCAGCUCGGCGCAUGUUGUGGUGCCGGGCAAGUCGAGCGUCAAGCAACAGCCCACAGUGAACACGGCUGCAUUCUGGAACAUGAAGCAGCAGGACGUUGCGGCGGAGGAUGUGUUCUUCCACACGUACUUCUCACAGGUCGGGAAGGCUGGCCAGGAAGACAACAAGGGCAAGAAGUCCAAGAAGGCCGCGGAGGACGGUGAGGAUGAGGAGGCCGACGAGGACGAGAUCUGGGAUGCUCUUGUCAACUCGCGGCCCGAGGUUGGCGACGACGCGGACGACGUUGAUCUGGACAUGGACAGCGACGAGGAUGAUGACCUUGGCUCGCUGCUUGAGGACAUGUCUGACGACGAUGACGACGACGAUGAGGACAUGGAGUCGGACGGCGAGGGCGUAGAGUUCGGCGAGGGCGAUAUGCCGGGCGAGGAGGAUGGCUGGGUCAAUGGUGCCGAUCUUGUUGAGGAGAGCGAUGAAGAGCCUGCCGGCAAGAAGGGCAAGGACGGCAAGGGCAGGAUGAGGAAGCGUGACUUCAAGAAGCUGCCGAUGUUCGCGACGGCCGACGACUAUGCCGCGCUCCUGGGGCAGGACGAUGAUGAGGAUGAGUAG